AAAAUGCUAUAAUAUGGGCACAUAUAUUCAUGUAUGGCUUACUUUGAUUGGACUAAGAAAGAAGACUCACACAAACUCAUACUAUAUAUAAGAUUAAAAAAGCAGAGGUGAACGUGGUAGCAUUCUGGUUCUGGACUCCCUCCAACUCCAAUGGAUCCUCCUCAACUCGACCCACUUUCCUCGCCGGACACCUUGUCGGAGGUCGUCGUUGAUUCCACUCCCGGCGCCGCAUUCCGCCAUCUUCGGUCUACUACUUCUGAUAAAAACCAGGAAAAUAGUAGAUGGGGGACUCUGCUACUUUCCUACAAGACAUUGGGAGUGGUUUUUGGAGGACUUGUUACAUCUCCACUCUAUGUGUAUCCUUCUAUGCCAUUGAAAUCUCCAACUGAAGAUGACUAUUUGGGCAUCUAUAGCAUCAUGUUUUGGACUCUUACUCUUAUUGGGGUUGUCAAGUAUGCUUGUAUAGCUCUCAAAGCAGAUGAUCAAGGCGAAGGAGGAACAUUUGCUUUAUAUUCGAAACUUUGUAGGAAUAUGAAUAUUGGAAUUGUUUCUCGAAAAUAUUCAAACUCUAACAAUGACUUGAAGAACCAGAGUGCACUUGGGAUGUUUUUCGAAAGAAGUAUAGUAGCAAGAAGGGUGUUGCUUUUCAUUGCCAUAUUAGGCAUGUGUAUGCUAAUCGGAGAUGGGAUACUCACACCAGCAAUUUCAGUUCUGUCAGCAAUGGAUGGAGUAAGAGGACCUUUCCCUUCUGUCAGUAAAUCUGCGGUGGAAGGACUUUCUGCAGCGGUUCUAGUAGUUCUAUUUCUCUUGCAAAAGUUUGGUACAUCUCGAGUGAGUUUCCUUUUUUCGCCUAUUAUGGCUGCAUGGACCUUUUGUACCCCCAUGGUAGGUAUCUAUAGCAUCAUAAGGUAUUAUCCAGGCAUAUUUAAGGCUGUGUCACCACAUUACAUCUUCAAUUUCUUUUCGAGAAAUGGAAAGGAAGGCUGGUUGUUGCUUGGGGGCACUGUCCUUUGUAUCACAGGUUCUGAAGCACUGUUUGCAGAUCUUGGUCAUUUCAAUAGGAAAUCAAUUCAGAUGGCCUUUUUGUUCACAAUUUACCCAUCUCUAGUUCUGACAUAUGCUGGGCAAACAGCAUACUUAAUCAAGUUCCCGAAUGAUCAUGAUGAUGGGUUUUACAAGUUUAUACCGAAAAAGAUAUACUGGCCAAUCUUUGCGAUUUCCACAUCGGCUGCAAUAGUUGCUAGUCAGUCACUGAUAUCAGCCACUUUUUCUGUAAUCAAGCAAUCUGUGGUGCUUGAUUAUUUCCCUCGGGUAAAGGUAGUGCAUACAUCGCCUAGCAAAGAAGGCGAAGUUUACUCCCCCGAAGUGAAUUACAUCCUCAUGAUUCUUUGUGUUGCUGUCAUACUUAUAUUUGGAGAUGGAAAAGACAUUGGAAAUGCCUUUGGUGUUGUUGUCAUUCUAGUCAUGCUCAUCACAACCAUACUACUGACAUUAGUCAUGAUCAUCAUUUGGAGAACACCAUCUUAUCUUGUUGUUCUGUACUUCUCAGUGUUUUUUGUCAUGGAAGGAGUUUAUGUGAGUGCAGUCUUCACUAAGAUUCCCGAAGGUGGUUGGAUUCCAUUCGCCAUUUCUCUUAUCCUCGCCUUCAUUAUGUUUGGUUGGUUUUAUGGAAGACAAAGAAAGGUUGCAUACGAAUUGACUUACAAAAUAACCUUAGAGAGAUUAGGACAACUAAUAUCGGAUCCCAGUGUCCAAAGGGUACCGGGAUUAUGCUUCUUUUACACCAACAUUCAAGAUGGCCUCACUCCUAUUCUUGGACAUUACAUCAAGAACAUGAAAUCCCUUCACAAAGUUACCAUAUUCACUACUCUUCGAUACUCAUUGGUUCCCAAGGUAGCUCCACACGAGAGAAUCGUUGUCAACAAACUUGACUAUAAAGGCGUCUAUGGAUGUGUGAUUCAGUAUGGCUAUGCAGAUCCUCUGGACCUUGAGGGAGAUGACUUUGUUAGGCAAGUUAUAAUUAGCUUACAAGAACACAUCCGAAACAACUCAUGUCAUCUAUCAACCGAGACACUUGAAAUUCAAGAACAAAUUUCUGAUUUGGAAGAAGCGAGCAAAGCAGGGGUGGUUCAUGUUCGAGGAAAGACUAGAUUUCAUGUCGGGAAUAACUGUGGUUGGUUUGACAGAAUCAUGCUCGCGUUUUAUGAAGUCUUGCAUAGUAACUGCAGGUCUGCUCUCCCUGCUUUGGGUGUGCCAUUGACACAGCGAAUCGAAGUUGGAAUGCUUUACGAGGCAUAAGAUGAUACAACUUAGUCUUGAUUCAAUAUAGUAAUAGACAGGUAAAACAGUUAGGAGGGAAAAAAAGAAAGAAAAUAUACUAAAAUAAAGUGUUUAGCUUGAGAUAAAAAGCUUCAAAGCAAACACUCUUAUUCAGGUUAGUCUAUAUAUUAUUACCUCAUAUCUUUGUAAAGAUUUUGUCUGAACAAAGAAAAGAAAACUGAGAAAAAAACACACUCAGAAAUCUCCAUAAUGAAGUUAAAAAUAUUUAUGAA